UCGGACGUUUGAAACAAAGAGACGCAGGAGGUGGAGAGAAAAAGACGGAUCAGAGAGUAAAAGGCUGUGUCAAGAUAUUCCCUUUUUUUCAGGAAGCUUGGUUUUUACAUGAGGGAGAUCCUACACGCUUUUGUAAAUGUGAUUUUGUGGAUUUAAGACAUUAUGUAUUUACGGGGAAGAGCGAGUUCUGUGUGGAUUUAUCUCCUGGUUUUGCUGCUGGAUUUUUACUGGGAAGCAGUUUUUGGACAGCUGUCUUAUUCCGUGUCUGAGGAAGUAAAUCUGGGGACUGUUGUCGGAAAUAUCGCCAAAGAUCUUAACCUGAAUGUCCAGGAGUUUGAGUCUCGCAUGUUUCAAGUCGUUGCCGGAGGAAAGAGAAAAUAUUUCGAGGUAAAUCUAAAGACUGGUGUUCUGUAUGUCAACGAGAGAAUAGAUCGAGAAGAACUGUGCGGUGAUGAGGCCAAAUGUUCACUUGGUGUAGAAGCUGUCAUUAGUAACCCUUUAAAACUGUACCGUAUUGAAGUAACAAUAUUAGAUGUAAAUGACAAUUCUCCAUCAUUUCUCGGGUCAUCCCAGGUUAUCAAUAUUACUGAGAGCACACAGGCGGGCACAAAAUUCCCUCUGCACCCAGCUAACGAUGCAGACGUUGGCAAAAAUACAGUGAAUACAUAUAAAUUGAGUCAAAAUGAAUACUUCUCUCUUGACACAAUAAAAGGGGAAAUUGUUACUCCUGAAUUGGUGCUCCGGAAGGUUUUAGACAGAGAAAAACUGUCCGUUAUCACACUUACAUUAACUGCAGUUGAUGGAGGAACACCUGCAAAAUCAGGCACAAUGACUAUAGUUGUUAAUGUUUUGGACAUUAACGAUAAUGCUCCCUUGUUUAGCCAACCCUUGUACAAAGUUACUGUGUAUGAAAAUGUUCAUAUCGGUACAUCCAUAGUAACGUUAAACGCGACUGAUUUCGACGACGGGACCAAUGGACAAGUGCGAUAUUCGUUCAGUGAAGUAGGCCGAGGGAAACAAACCGACCUGUUUAGUAUAGAUGCAGUCACAGGAACUGUACAAAAUAAAAUGAAUAUCGAUUUUGAGAAAAAUAGCGCGUUUGAGAUUAGAGUAAAAGCGAGCGAUGGAGCUUCCUCACCAAUGAGCUCAAACGCGAAAUUGUUAAUUGAAGUUUUAGACGUGAAUGACAACGAACCUGAAAUUACAGUCACAUCUCUGCUGGACUCUGUGAAAGAGGACGCGUCAGUCGGGACGGCCAUUGCUCUGGUUUCAGUACAUGAUAAAGAUGGGGGUAAAAAUGGGAUGGUGAGUUGUAGAAUAUCCAAUAAUGUUCCUUUUAAAUUAGAAACAAAUUAUAAGAAUUACUACUCGUUGGUAGUGGACGGUCCUCUGGACCGAGAGACUUCUUCUCAAUACAAUAUCAGCAUCACUGCUACUGAUGAGGGCAGCCCACCUCUCUCCAGCACGAGCGUGAUUAAUGUCCACGUUUCUGAUGUGAAUGAUAACAAACCUCUUUUCAUUGAUGAAACCAUAAGUGUUUAUGUUAAAGAAAAUAGUCCAGUUGGUGUGAUUCUAAAAACUGUGACUGCAACUGAUGCUGAUAUUGAUAAAAAUGGUCACGUGAGCUACUCAUUUUUACAAAGCAACACUGAUUCAGUGCCGCCAUCCUCGAUGGUGAAUAUUAAUUCCGAGACAGGAGAGAUUGUCAGUCUGCAAUCCUUUAACUUUGAGGAGAUGAAAACGUUUCAGUUCAAAGUUCAGGCCACAGACUCUGGUGUUCCUCCACUCAACAGCAACGUGACCGUCAAUGUUUUUAUCCUCGAUGAAAAUGACAACAGUCCCGCGAUUCUUGCUCCUUAUUCUGAGCACGGCUCCGUCAACAGUGAGAACAUCCCAUAUUCUGCUGAAGCAGGAUACUUUGUGGCAAAGAUCAGGGCUGUAGAUGCAGACUCUGGAUACAACGCACUGCUUUCUUAUCACCUGUCUGAGCCCAAAGGAAACAACCUGUUCAGGAUCGGAACCAGCACGGGAGAAAUCAGGACAAAGAGGAGGAUGAGUGACAAUGACCUGAAAACUCACCCCUUGGUGGUGCUGGUUUCUGACAAUGGAGAGCCCUCCCUCUCAGCUACUGUCUCUAUUGAUGUGGUGGUUGUUGAAAGCACCGCUGACAUCCAGACUCAGUUCAGACAUGUGCCUGUAAAGGAGGACAGCUUUUCGGAUUUGAACCUGUACCUGCUGAUUGCCAUCGUGUCAGUGUCCGUCAUCUUUCUGCUGAGUCUCAUCAGUUUAAUAGCUGUGAGAUGCCACAGGACAGAGGGCUCUUUCAGCAGGUACAGCGCCCCCAUGAUCACCACCCACCCUGACGGGAGCUGGUCUUACUCCAAAUCUACUCAGCAGUACGACGUGUGUUUCAGCUCAGACACACUGAAGAGCGAUGUGGUGGUUUUCCCUGGACCGUUUCCACCUGUAGAUGCUGAACUGAUCAGUAUAAAUGGAGGAGACACUUUCACCAGGACUCAGACUUUACCCAACAAGGAAAAGGUAGGGUAUUUGAUCUUAAUGUUUUAAAAAUGCACAUAUGAU